CGCCCUCUAGUGGUGAGAAGAAGCAGAGCCUCUGUGACUGAGCGCUUUCUCAUCACCAGAGGGCGACAGAGUCACAUCCUGCUUCAGGUUUCCGUGGAAACGACAACAAUAUAAAAAAGUGUGUGAAGUUGAGGUGAUUUUCUGGACGAGGAAUUGAAAGAGUGAGAGAGAGAGAGAGAGAGAGAGAGAGAGAGAGAAAAUGAGUGUGGAGCUGGAGGAGUGUAUCAGGACUGUUUUUGAAGAACAUCUCUCAGAGAGUGUUGUGAGCGUGCAGGAGGAGGAUGUGUGUUCAGGAGUCACACGUCUCUUGGACAAGCGCAGACAGAUUAAAGACGUGGACAAAGUGUUAAGGACGCAGAGACGGGAGUUUGAGGUAAAGCGAGAGAGUCUCAGACAGAGGAGAGAGGAGCUGAAGAAGAAAGAAGAAAAUCUCAAAGACUCUUUACUUAAAUUUGACAAAUUUCUCAAAGAGAACGAUGCUAAGCGAGCGAGAGGUGUGAAGAAGGCGGCGUCUGAGCGAGUGGUGCUGCGAGAGCGAGAGCGAGAGCUGGAGCAGUUACACACACACAUCGCCGCCCUGCAGGUGAAAGAGGAGAAGCUGCAGGUGAGAGUCGAGCGCUUCAGAGUCUACUGUGAGUUCUUACACACCACGCUGAAGACGGCCACCAAGUUCGAGGACGUCGGGCAGCUUGUGGCUCGUUUUGAGACGCUGAUGUCGACUCGAGAGCAGCUGCUGAGACGUCAGAGCGAGAUGGAGAGACAGCGAGAGAGCGAGAGCUUAGCGCUGAGAUGCUACAUCAGCCAACAGAACUCCAUCUUACUGCAGGACAACAACACACUGUCACAACUGCAGACCGAGCUGGACAGUGUCCUGUCUCACACACUCGCACAGGAAUCAUCCCUGAAGCUCAUCCAGGCCGCAGCAGUGAAGGAGACUCACCUGCUGAGUCAGAUAAAGGUGGUGUCUCGGAACCUGUAUCACAUGACCGGUGUCACGGGCACAGACCAGGGUGUAGAUGGGGACGACACUGUGGAACAGUUAGAGCAGAUUCGGCUGUUUAUGGAGGAUCGGGCUGAGAUCUUCACUCACCUCAAAUCAGACAGAAGCAGCAGCUCAUCCAGACUGAGUGAGGGAGAGUAAAAUCACACACACACACACACACACACACACAUACAUACACACAAAUACACAUACACACACACACACACAUACAUA